UAUCCCAUCAACAACACUCGAGUGAUCUACUGUGUAUAGUAUAUCCUAUAUGGACUUUUUGGCUUUGUACAGACACCGAAAAUACCACCAGAUAAUCGUUUGCGCUUCCCUUUGCAUCACUGACCUUGAUACCAUAUGUCUCUAUUUAUCCUUAGUAGGCAUUGGGCGAACGAGAGAAGCGGUGAUUACACUUCGAGCAAAAUUAGAAUCAACGAUAGACCCCUUUUACAAGAUAUGUGUUUUAUUGUGUUUACACCAGCUUACAGGGCUAGUUGAUUUUGAUCUCGAAGCUCAGUAUUGGCAAAGCUUGAGUGAUUUUGACGAUAGAGUCUUUCGAAUGCUCAAGCCUCUACCCCAAAACACAAAGGAAGAAAAACUAGAAGGAGACAUCGAUGCUGACUUUUUCAUGAGUGGUGCCUUUUUUCAUCCCCAUUCGUAUCUAUUUACAUCGCUAGAAGAUAGACAAGUUUCAAGCGAGUUGCACCACUCCAAAAGUUGUGAGCUGGUACUUUUGCUGAUGAUUGCAAAGUGCGGCUCGACGGUAUACAUCACAGAAGCACUACGGCUGAAGAAAAUGAAGCAACAUUUUCAACUCGCAGAAGAAAGAUGUAUGGAUGCCGUUUAUGUUCCAUGUGAAGACAUAACCAAAAAUUUGAUAGCUGCACAAGAGAUUUCAGCUCUUGCGGGUUACCAUCACCUAUUGGGCAGUUCAUCAAAGGCUCUUGAUUAUUGCACACGUGCUAUUCUUUGGAUUAAUAGCAUACGAUUGGAGUAUGGCACUUCACACUUGAGAGGUAUACUGGACUAUGAAAAGGAAACAUUGGCAAUGAUUGCCUCAAACCAUCUCUCUGAAAGUACAGGAGACACCUUUGUUGAGAGUCUUUUAAAUGAGCUCAUUUACCCUGAAUCCUCAUCUUGUCCAGGCAAUCGAGAGCUUGACCCAAUCACAAAUUCCUUUCAUCAAGUUGCUCGCGCUACGGCCCUCCGGCAAAGCCUGUUCUUUGCAAGUUGUGGCAAUAUACACCGUGCAAUGGCAGAUUUUUCGUCCACAAAACUUUUAUUUGUCCAUAAAAAUGAGAUGUGCAAAGGCAAGAUCUUUAGUCGGAAGGAUAUGCUCGAGACAGCCCGCAAAUAUGUGCUUUCAUCUGCUUUACAACCGGUAGAUAAUCCUUGUCUUGCUCUUCACUAUGACCGACUCAUCUGGUGUCUCAUGUUUAGUGGGGGUAUUGAUCUUCGUGUGAUCUUAUUAUUCUUCACGAUUAAACUCUAUUUCCUGCACCAGCUGUUUUUCACCCUAUCUGAACAUAGCUCAGACUGCCACAUGAUGAUAUGGCCUCCGGUCAGAAAAGCACCCCAAAUCAUGGACAAAUUACUUGGUAUGUGUUUGGAGGUGUCGAAGAUAGAGCAUUGUGAACCGAAACAUUUGCUGCCCACAACAAUAGAAUGCGACAACGAUAUUUUAUUACUCGAGAAUUAUAUUCGCGACCCUCAAAGCUUUGUUCUGGAUAAGGUGCAUGAUAUCGACAAUUUAAAUUGUCCGCAGGAACCAAUGUCCGAUACUGAACUUUGUCACUUAAUGAGCUCAAGCCAAGAGAUUGCAGAGUUGUGGAGCUCCACAUUUUGUAAAUCGCAAGGAGCAGUUCCAGAAGAGAUCAGGCAGGUUACCAAGUAUUUGGAUGUGUGAAUUAUGGUCAUGUGUCUGGAUCCCUGGGUACGCUAUGACAUUGAGGAUUUAGGAAAUCAUACAAAAAAUCAGAUCAUAAAGGGAUAACACGGUAGACCUUUAGUAGGGAAUCUUGACACUUUGAAGCAGCAUUUUCAAGGUUUAUCUUGAGAAAAAGACUAUUUACAUCGGAUGACCCACAAUGGUGAAUGGUUCCGGUAAUAACUAUUAUUUGGACUGCUUAUUUUCAAAACGAUUAUCCAAGUUCUAUAUUGUGUGAGACAGCGUAUUUUCCAGAACAAUCGAU